CCUGGAGGACCUGUUCGGACAGUCCCAGUUUCUAGCAAGAAGAAAGCCGGGGACUUGAUUUCCACCCAGCGGUACACGAAGGAAGUGAUCUGUCACCUCCUCCCUCUGGGCACCUCUCUUCCUUUUUCGUCUCCCUGGGUAAACAGAAGAUGUGCAAACGCCCAUCGCUGGUGGUGUUUGACCUGGAUUACACCCUGUGGCCAUUCUGGGUGGACACCCACGUGGAUCCUCCCUUCCAGCGAACCAGUGAUGGCUCAGUACAGGACCAGAACCGGCAGCCUGUGAAUCUGUACCCCGAAGUACCAGCUGUGCUUGAGCGACUGCAUAGCGAGGGGAUCCCGAUGGCCGCUGCCUCGCGGACAGGUGAAAUCCAAGGGGCUACUCAGCUCUUGGAUCUCUUCAACAUGAAUCGGUAUUUCCGCUACACAGAGAUCUACCCAGGCAGCAAAGUCACUCACUUCCAGAGGUUGAGUCAACAGAGUGGGAUCCCACUUUCCCAGAUGCUCUUCUUUGACGAUGAAAGCCGCAACAUCUACGAUGUCAGCAAAUUAGGAGUCACGUGCAUCCUGGUCCCCAACGGCAUGAAUCUCUCAGUCCUCAGCCAAGGCCUGGAGACCUUUGUUCGCUCCUGAAUGUUGCCUACUCCCGACGCAGCUGCACCUCAAAAGCUUGGAG